AUGAGAAUACUCGCGCAUGCAGGAAUGAAUGGAAAAGUCGCACUUUCGCUUUUGAAGCCACUUUCUGAGGCGCUCAAAACGUGGAGCAGCAUAGAUGUUUCCUCCGAAGACCUUUUUUCCUGCUCCUCCAGACGCCUCCAGAGCGCACUUUUUGCAGUGGCUUUUAAAAGAUCAGUUCCGAUCUCCCAGCGGAUGGUUGCUUUGAAGGCGUACAGUACGUGCACUUCUUCUAUAGACCCGGAAUUCGCCCAUCUACUCAUCCAGGAGCUGAACGAUGAACUUUCCUCGCUUUGGGUGAACGAGCUCCUCCAAGCGUGCAUUCUCCUCUGCCUGAAGAUCCCAGGGGCACUCAGCGCCUUCCAGACGCAGGAGUUCGUGGAGGGACUCCAGGCAGUGCACCAUCUCUCCCCGUAUAAAGCGACUUUCCUUCUCAUUCGACUCGUAAACUCCGGACUGUGCAGGUAUAUAGACGUUGAUCUCCUCAGGCACGCACAGGAAGAAGUUCCAUCAGGUCCCAUCAGAACGAACUUAUGCGUGCUCCUAGGGUACGUUGCAUGGUACCGAAAAAGCACAGACUCUUCCCCGCUGAAGGAUCUAGGCCCUGCAAUGGUGAAAACAGCGAGCAAUUUCCUGCUCUCUGACCUGGGAAAAGCCCUCUCCCGAAUUCUAGCGUGCGAGAGAUCGCCCCUCGUCCUGCCUGCCCUGGGAUUUCUAGCAGAGAACAGCCCAGAAGUGCGGGAGUACCUCGAAGAAAGCGGGACUUUCUCCAGGAUUGCCUCAGAAGAGAUUUCCGCAGCUGAAACUUCCCCCGGGGGAAACUACCUCCGCAUAAACUACUUCCUGGGAAGAGUCCUCCCUGCAUCCGACCGAUUUAAGAGGGCUGUAGCUGAGACGGACUACGUGGAAAAGGCUUUUUCCCGAAUGGAAAAGGCCCUGGAGAGUGAAGUCUUCACUGCAGAGACGGUUUCCUUCGCUGAAAUUUUGAAGGUUCUCGCACGCCUUCCGGAGGUGGCAGCAUCUCGUCUGUCAACGUACAAAAUCACGAACUUCCUGGAAAAAGUCGCAAAGACUCUCCACGCGCGGGAGGAAGCCUUUUCCUACGGGGAAACUCGGACUUUUGCAAGCGAGUACUUUCUCCUCCUCGGGAAUCUCGUGAUGCACUGUCCCCACUGGAAGGAGACAGCAGUAAAAACUCUCCUUGGAGAGAGUCUGAAGUAUCUCUCCCUGGAGGCGUGCAGGGUCUCAGUGCUGAAGUUUCUUCGCUCUCUUGUUUUUGAGGCUUCUCCUGGGGUGAGUCUGCACUUCGUCUCUGCCGUGGACUUGGACUCUCUCGAGGGCUUUUCUGGGGGAGUGCAGGAAAAAGGCCUUUUUCUCUCUAUCCUGAAGAAUCUUCUUUGCACUCGCUGGGACUUUGAGAGUCCGCCUGAGCUCAUCCGCUGGGUGCUUGAAUACGCGAAAACUCUUCCAGAGCGUGCACUUUCCCGGGGGAUUUCUCCGGUGGAGGCUUCUCCCCUGUGCGAGAGCAUGCUAUACGCCCUUGCGAAUGCGGCAGUUGUCUCCCCGGGGGUGGCAGUGCACGAAUUCGGGCUACAGACGGCCCUUCUUCUUUUCAGGUUCUCCCCUGAAAAAACUGUUUUUUCUGCUUUCCUGGCGUAUCUCGUGAAUUUUUCAGGGAUUCCUGCGAUACGCCGCGAAAAAAGGGCUUGCACCUUCUCGGAGAUGCCCGUGAGUCUGACAAGCGAAGUCGUAGUCCUCCUAAAGCAGGCACUCGGCCAGGACGCAGACACGGACGUCCAAAUACGCGCUCUCCUCCCAAGAAUCCGGCUUGACUAA